AUGCAGCUGACACCCUGCAGGCUCCGGACUCACCAGUGGUGCUUCAUCCUCUUUAAUGUCUUGCUUUUCCACAUGCUGCUUUUUGGAGCAGAUUUACUGGAGGAAUACUUCCUGCGGUCAUUACCUCUUUCUUACACCGAUGCAAAGACUCUUGAAAUCAGGGAGAGGGCCAGGAAGCUGGAUAUGGAUCCUCUAAAGGCCAAUCUCUCUUACACCGUCAGCAGCGCAGCAACAUGCUCCGAUCAAGAGAUAUUUUUACUCGUUCUUGUCUGCAGUAGCCCAGAAAACAGGACAAGGCGCAACGUGAUCAGGCAGACAUGGGGCAACGUGACAGAGGCCAGCGGUUAUGCUGUCCUUACUCUGUUUGCUUUAGGAAAGGCGGCGUCAGUAACCACCCAGCUGGAGAUCAAUGAAGAGUCUCAAAAGCACAGAGACAUUAUCGAAGGCAGUUUCAUCGAUACUCCCGCGGCGCAGACACAGAAGAUGGUGAUGAGCGUGGAGUGGACGGUGACUUUCUGUCCCCAUGCAAGGUAUAUUCUUAAAGCAGAUGAAGGCCUGUUUGUCAGUAUUCCAAGUCUGGUUGGGCACUUGCUUAGCUUAACGCAGCUAGAGGACGUUUACAUGGGGAGGGUCGUUCAUCAAGUAGCGCCUGACAGAGACCCCAGAAGCCCUGGGUUUGUUCCCAUCCAUCAAUACGCAGAAGAGUUUUACCCAGAUUACUGCGAAGGGAGCGCUUUUGUCAUGUCCCAGGACGUCGCUCGCAAGGUCUACGUGGCCGCCAAGGAGGUGGCACUCUCGGUGCCCCCCGACAUCUUUGUUGGAAUCUGUGCUAAAAGAGCUGGCAUCGCUCCCAUCCACAGCUCUCGGUUCUCCGGGGAAAAGCACAUCAGCUACAAUCGAUGCUGCUAUAAAUUCAUUUUCACCUCUUCCAACAUGAAAGAGGACGAGUUAUUUAAAGACUGGAAGGAAACAAGCAAUGGCAAAGAUUGCUCCUUACUGGAAACUUACUACGGUCUGGUGUCCUGCAAGGUUUUGACCUAUAUUGAUAAGUUCAAGCAGUUUAACUUAGAUAGAAUUAAAAAUGAGGUUCUUCAUUUUGCCGAUUAACAUUUGUGGAGAAAGUCUGAAUUUUCUAUUACCAGCUCUUUUAUCCUGUUAACAUUCAGUAAUAACAAUCUCCUCUCAAAGUUAGUUCUCUUCAACAGCAAACGAAUCCUCAAUGCUGUAGUGUGUGACAGCAGCACAACUGGAUGUACUCAGCUACUAAAGUACCUACAAGCGCAUGCAAGUUUAAAAAAAAAAAAAAAAAAGAGAUUAUUCCAAGAGAUUUUGUCUGUAUCCAGUGUUUUCCACACUUUUGAAGUCCUCUACCUUAUGCCAAAACUCCCACAUUUUUCAUCUGAGCAAGGCAUCACCUAUUUCCAAAGUAUUUUGGAACAAAGCGGAAUCUUUCCGUCCACAAAAGGGAGCUGCUUCUGAGCAGCCCGUUUUACAGUACCAGUGAAACCAGGGAGCAGCUUAGAGUGGGAACAGCCAUUGAACCAUCGCAGGAAUCGCUUCAGUAAACAGACCAGGGAGAUUCUAGGCAAGAAAUCCAACCUACCUGUUAAAGAAUCUUGUAUUUCUGUCAGUCACGAUAUCAGAGAAACACUAACACAAGCACCUCAACGCCACAACAUGCUGGAGAACCGCAUCAGCAACCCGCUCAGAACAAACUCACCAGCACACUGCUAACACCAGCCUUAUUCACAAGGUAAAAACUCCCCAAAUUGGUAACCAGCCACAGAACACAAGCCCAGCUGUGCCUACACCCUCUGGAUUAACUCAACCACAUCAGC